AUGGCCCCGAUGUCUAGGCACUCCAUCUCAAGUCGACCAUCGAGGGCUCAACCUAAGUCUGCCUUGAAAAGUUCACGCAGCAUAGCCGAUUCCCCGGAAGGUCCUCCUUUCAAGAAGCGCAAGUACGUCCCCGGUGGACCUGGAGGAGGCGGAAGAUUUAUCGACGUCGAAGCCUCGCAACGAGAAACGACACCUAAAAAGAAGUCCAGCAUCCCCAGACGCCCCUCUACCACGACCGCCGCAAUUCCUCCCCCUACUACCAGCGCGCGAAAACGCGAAGUCGACCUCCUCCCUCCCAUUCAUGCCCCCCCCGCCACCUCCCCCUCCGCCGCAUUGGCUUUACAACAAGGAGACGGAUACAAGCCGCGCGAGGAGCGGGGGUGGGAGGAGUUCCAUCCGGACUUGGAUAUCGAUGGCAGACUAGCUGUUUUUACGGCCGAGGAGGUCGAUAAUACACUUGAUACCACAGCCAGUAUUCUUGCCUCGGAGUCUGUCAACGGUAUCAAUGGCCAGGAUGCUCCAGGAACCCCCGCUUCGCAGGUGAAUGACUCGGCAUCUCCAGCUACUUUCAAACGUAGGCCGGGCCGCCCACCGCGUCGCCCCGAAGCCAUCCUCAAUGCUUUAUUCUCCAACCAAGGACCCAAGAUAAUACCACCCCCAGGACCGAACCCUCGAGAGAGAUUGACCCUACCGAAGCCGUCGUUCCGACUCCGCGAUCCCUUUACAUUCUAUGAGCAGAAAGGCAUUGGACAACAGAACUAUGUUGACCGUACGAUGGCCAAUGUCGGAUACCAGGAAAGUGAUUUGUUUCUUCGCCAUGACCGACGCUUCAUUCGGAUGACCGAAGGUGCGCAGGAAGAUGACAUGGAUGUAAUCCAACCUACAGUGACAGAAGGCGAUGUCAACGCCACGACUGGCCGCGUCGAGUAUGACAUGGACGAACAGGACGAGAAAUGGCUCGAAGACAUUAACUCGAAGCGUCGUGACGACCAACUGGAACCGAUCAAGCCUGCCAUAUUCGAAAUCACCAUGACAAAGAUUGAGAAAGAGUGGCAUGCGCUCGAAAAGCGCAUUCCUAAGCCUAACCCGAAGCCUCCACAGACACAUCGCCCACGCUCUAGCUCUGCAGCUGCAGUGAAUGGUGAAACGGCCGGCCCUGGAGAGGACCAGGACAGCAAGUGCGCUAUUUGUGAUGAUGGCGACUGCGAGAACUCUAACGCGAUUGUUUUCUGCGAUGGCUGCGAUCUGGCAGUCCAUCAAGAAUGCUACGGCGUUCCUUUCAUUCCAGAAGGCCAGUGGUUGUGCCGCAAGUGUCAGUUACUAGGAAGAGGAUCCACCAACUGUAUCUUCUGUCCCAAUACCGAGGGUGCCUUCAAACAAACCACUUCGUCCAAAUGGGCCCAUUUGCUCUGUUCAAUCUGGAUUCCCGAAGUCUCGAUCGGAAACCCGUCUCUGAUGGAGCCUGUGACUGAUGUGGAAAAGGUACCAAAAAGUCGCUGGAAACUUAACUGUUACAUCUGCAAGCAGAGAAUGGGCGCUUCAAUCCAGUGCAGCAACAAGAACUGUUUCGUUGCGUUCCACGUUUCAUGUGCACGCCGGGCGCAGCUGUACUUGAAAAUGAAGAUCGGCCACGGACUUAUGGACUCACACUUGCUAAAGGCAUUCUGCGACAAGCAUGUGCCCCCAGACUGGAGACUUGAGCACGGCACCGACAUCGCCACCGCCGAUGCCAUUGAAUACUACCGCACCACGAUGCAGGGCAGACGGUGGGGAGACAGUCAGGCUGCGGCGCUGUCACUUGGAUCAGCUUUCGCUCCGGACGAAGGCGAGCGAGCCAACACCCCUCGAAUCACUCUCACACUUGGAGGAAACAAGCGAAAACGACCUCCCCCGAGAACGAUUUGGAAACUUCCUUCCGGUGCGCCUGUAGUCCCUCAACUGGUUCUAAACUCCGUGGUGGCUACUCUUGCGCGGUUCACAGUUCGCGGGAGAAAGCAAUAUGCCGAGGAGGCGUGCAAAUACUGGACCCUCAAACGCGAGGCGAGACGAGGCGCCGCGUUAUUGAAGAGACUUCAGUUACAGCUUGAAACCUUUUCUUCUAUGGAGAUGACUCGGCGGGACUAUGUCGCUAUGGGCGUCACUGGUCACAAACGCCUCACGCGUCGCAAGGAAUUUGGCGAAUGGCUCUACAAGGACCUCGAUCGAUUGAGAAUGCUGUGUGACGAGGUGAAGAAACGCGAAAGGGAGAAACUCAAGGAUGCCGAGAUGCUACGCAAUAUUGUCGACCUUGUCUAUUUCCCUAUUUUCCCAUUACUCAGACCUAUCUUGGAGAAAGCGCAAGUAUUGGAUGGCAAAGGAACAUUCGCAGCUGGCCUGAUGUCCAUCCGCCAGCGACUUAAUGAGCGGUUCUAUCCAUCUGUCGCAUCUUUCUCGGCAGACCUGGCCAGCCUUUUCACAUCGGAGAUUGGCGUGGGUCCAGCUGGUGAUACCGCCGAACUGCAGGCCCAGAUCAGUGGUCGGGCCCCGGAACUCAGUAUCGAGCAACGCGAGAAGAGGAAGCUAGCCAAGCGAAUCAUCAAGGCUAUCCAGCCGGCCCUGGAAGACGCAAUUCGAAACGAGAGCGAACUGAACCGCAAACCAUUCGAAAAAGAGCUUAAGGAGCUCGAUGUCAUCCUCGACCACAGCGUGUUAUCUGCCGAGCCGGAAGGCGACACUGAAUUUGAUAUCGGACCGCAUGACACGAAACCCGAAGCAAUGGAGGGUGUUGAGCCCACCGCCGAGGGCACACUCGCGGGCGAGGCAACCCUUGAAACCCAGGCAACUGAGUUGAAUGGGGCACCCAAUGAGGCAGAAGCAGUGGCCCCUGACGAGGCUGUUGCCGAAUCCGGAUCAACUGAGGAGAUUAAGCCACAUCAAGGCCCAAUCUAUCGUCGGCACCCAACACCAGUACUGACGGAGGCUGAUCAGCGACUUCCUUUGGCUCAGGGUGGUAUCCAAUGGUACAUGCAGCCCUUUGAUCCUAUCGGAACCACUAUUCACGAGGAACGAUGGACGGGUCGGGAUGUCAUGCGGGGCAUGAGCGAGGAACUGAGCGAACUGGACGAGGAUGAAUUGAAAGAUCUGGUGGAAGAUGAACUGGGCCAGGAUUCAACGAAAGCACCGGCUGGUGCUGGUGGUGCAGCAGGGAAUUCUCAGCAGGUCCGUCGUACUCGUCGGCGCAGGUGA